UUGUAUACGCUCCUGGGUAGUCUAUGGGUAAAACAGGCGUGUGCUCGCGCCGUGCGCCAACACGCAAGACGCAACCAAGCUAGUCUACUCACACUUUGUUUGUUUGCACGGCAGGUGUUGGUUAGCCAUUAAAAUAUUAACAAAGAAUUAACUUACUGGAAAUGGCCACCAGUCAGGCAUGGAGGUUAAAACGCUAUGGGCGUUUCGUUCCAGGCUCUACAGGGGAAAAGCCUUGGAAGAUAUUUGAGGCUAAUGUCAAUAAACCUGAAAUUGUCCUCACCAUUGUGGAAUCUGGAUUCUUGCUGGUGAUGCAAGGACAGGAAAGCUUGGAUACAGUCCCUUUGCUCACGGGAUCCGAUCUUCUCAAAGUACACCAGAAAUCUGAUAACCUUAUGUUUCGAUUUUCUGUGAAGGGAGAGAGCCGCAUGAUGAGGAUGCAGUUUGAUGGACGUAGCAGGGAAGAGGCUAUAAAGGAGUGUUCAACUGCUGUGGAAAAACUGAUGGAGUACAUGCCUGUCACCAAUCAGGAGGACGCCCCAUUGCCUCCUAAUCAGUCCCCUGCUGAGGUCUCUGCAGCAGUGAUACAGACAUGGCAGGGAAAGGCCGUGGAAGUUGAGCCUGAAGUUGUCCAAGGAUCAUUGUCCAUCAAGCAUCUUAGCCAGGUAGUGAUUGUUAAGUUAAAACACAUGUUGGGAGAGACUGCUUUGACUCUGCCUCAAGUAUAUCGCCACAGUUCUUUGGCACAAGGUGACUUGGAGCCCAUCCUGCGUGUUUGUCUGCUGGAUCCCAGCUUUCCUGCAUAUGUGGAGAAGGUGGAGGGGGAGCUGAGGAAACUGCUUCAAGAGUGAAGAAUAUAAACAACAGCUGAUGGCAGAAAGGUCAAGUCAGUGCAAUGUGUUUUUUCGUAUAUAGUUUGUGUGGGCAGUGCCUGUUGGUGGUGAAGUGUUUCUUGCUGUGCUGCUGAUGUUGUUUGAAAUGUAACACAUUGGUUGGUAUUGUAUAUGGCCUGAAGAGGAUGCUUUGAAUGGUAUUGAAUAUAAGGAAGAACUUGCAAAACCAAAAAGAAAAAAAAAAAAUCUGCAUUCAUUUUUCAAUUUUUUAUUCAGAAAAAAAAUAUUGGUCUCACUCAUAUAUUUAAUCGUGGCUAUAUACUCUGGUCCCUCUGUUCCCACCUUAAUGCAGGCCCAUUUCCACUGCAACACACAUGGAUACAUUGUAUUGAAUGAGGAGUCAUGCAGCUACAGCAGUGAAUUUUGCUAUACCAGCUUCCACGUGAUCCCACGAUAUUAAAGCUUCACUGAGUAAAAUAAACUGCCCCCCCCUGCCCCCAUAUAUCUAUUUAAGAAUACAUAUUGCAUAGGAUUAUAGCCAUGCUAUACAGUUAAAGAGAGAAAAAAAUACAAAAUAAAAAUCAAUUGAUGAAAUUGGGAAAUAUAAAAAAAAUAUUUUUUUUUACAGAUUUCCUAUCAUUUGAACACUCAUACUUCAACAUAUACAAGACACCUAAGUUACUCUGGAAAGAAAAAAAUAAUACACUUAUCAUUUUUGUUUAGAUAGUUAAACAUACAGUAGUCAUUUUCUGUAACCACUCUCAAUUAAAUUUAAAUACUGUCAGUCAUUGAAGCCAUUGCUUCACAAUACAAGUUCUGUUAAAAGUGGACUCAUUGUCACAAAAUCAAUCAAAGUUAAAUGACCAUGAUAUGCUGUACAAAUUUUCAAGAAUAAAACUAACUAACUAUAUAUAUAUAUAUAUAUAUAUAUAUAUAUAUUAUAAGGAUUACUCCAUAAAAAACAGGUCAUUUUAGAUGCAAAAAAAGCCACACGAGGGAUAACAACAGAAAAUGUCUAUUCUGAGUAUCCUAUUGCGUAAUUAUCUUGCAUGCAUUGUACAUGAUAUGUAAUACAAAAGGGAUCACCUCAUUUGAGGAUAUGAUAAAAUGAAUAAAGGAGACAUCAAUAGCACAUUAAAAAUGUGUACACCUUUGUGGUGGUUUUAGUCAUUAUUCGUCAUCCUGAAAUCUCCACGUCAGACUGAAUAAGGCAUGCUUAAGACAGCCAUUAUGUUCUUUUUGUUGCCAGUGUUAUGCUGAUAUUGUUUCUCAUAAAAUGAGACAAGAUAUGCCUUUUUCAAAACUGCCCGGAGCUGUAUCCAUCUCUGAAACCU